AGUCUCGUUAUACUCGGGAAGAGCCAGGACUUUUACAGUCCCGUUAUACUCGGUCAGAGCUAGGAGCGUUACAAUCCCGUUAUACUCGCCUAGAGCGAGGCGCUCCGAAUAGCGGUUUGAGGAAUGAGGCGGAAAAGGCGAGGAGAACAUGUACACAGGACUUCUCUAAACCCAAAUGCUUUGAUAUGGAAGAUGUGUUUGUUGCUGAGAUGGUGGAUUCCUGUACUAUUCCUGGCAGAUCUCCCAUCUAGCUCAGCCAUCCAGGUCUCCUCUCGUGAAGACAAGAAGUAUGCCACGCUGUUCCAGUCGGUGGUCCUGCCGUGUCAAUACUCCAGCAUGUCCACCCAGACGCCUGUGAUCCAAUGGUGGUACAAGUCUUACUGCCGCGACCGCACCCGCGACGCCUUCAGCUUCCCGGAGGGCCUGGGGGUAAGGGGCUCCUCGUCCCAUGUAGACUGCUCCGAUUCUAGCCGCACCGUCCGCGUGGUGGCCUCCGUCACCGGAUCCUCCAUCACCCUGGCCGAGCACUACAAGGGCAGAGAUAUUACUAUCAUCAACAUGAUCUGCAGGAUGAUCUCCAGAGUGAUCUCCAGAGUGAUAUCCAGAGUCAUCUGCAGAGUCAUCUGCAGAGACAUCUGCAGAGUGAUCUCCAGAGUGAUCUGCAGAGUGAUCUUCAGAGUGAUCUCCAGAGUGAUCUUCAGAGUGAUCUCCAGAGUGAUCUCCAGAGUGAUCUCCAGAGUGAUCUGCAGGAUGAUCUCCAGAGUGAUCUCCAGAGUGAUAUCCAGAGUCAUUUGCAGAGUGAUCUCCAGAGUCAUCUCCAGAGUGAUCUCCAGAGUGAUCUGCAGAGUGAUCUCCAGAGUGAUCUCCAGUGAUCUGCAGAGUGAUCUGCAGAGUGAUCUCCAGAGUGAUCUCCAGAGUCAUCUGCAGAGUGAUCUCCAGAGUGAUCUGCAGAGUGAUCUCCAGAGUGAUCUGCAGAGUGAUCUCCAGAGUGAUCUCAAAGUGAUCUCCAGUGAUCUGCAGAGUGAUCUCAGAGUGAUCUGCAGAGUCAUCUGCAGAGUGAUCUCCAGAGUGAUCUGCAGAGUGAUCUUCAGAGUGAUCUCCAGAGUGAUCUGGAGAGUCUCCAUCUGCAGAGUGAUCUCAGAAGUGAUCUCCAGAGUCAUCUGCAGAGUGAUGAUCAUCUCCAGAGUCAUCUCCAGAGUCAUCUCCAGAGUGAUCUGCAGAGUGAUCCUCCCUGAGACCGGGUCUGGUAUCUCAUACUGGAAUAAGAAUUUUGGUCCUGAAUUGAAAUGGAUUGACCCCAACCCUGCUCCUCCCCUGUCUUCUGACCUCUCCUGCCCUCUGUCCUGUCUUGCCCUGCUCUGUCCUAUCCUGUCCUUCACCUCUGCUCUUCUCCUCUCUCCAGGUAAGACAGGUACAGGUGUGUCAGAUGAUCUCCUGCCUGACUUUGAUGUGAAGAUUAUGCCAGAAUGGGCCUUUGUGGGCUCUGUAGCCCUGGGUAUUAUCCUGUUCAUCUUGCUGUUUGGUGUAUGUUGGUGCCAGUGCUGUCCUCACUCCUGCUGCUGUUAUGUGUCCUGUUGGUGCUGCCCUGAGACCUGCUGCUGCCCACGACACUUGUACGAGGCAGGAAAGGGGUUGAGGAGCAGGGCCUCGUCCCCCCAGAUCGCUGUCUAUCCACCCUACUACGUACCUGGGGUCCCGGCCAUGGUCCCCAUCGCUCCCCCCUCCCUGGUGGACACCACGAUGAUGUCCGCUCCCCCCUCUGUGUCAGAGAACAGUGCAGCUGGAGUGCGGCCUGUGUACCGGCUGCAGUCUACUCUGGAUCAGUCCUCUCUGGGUCAGGACUCUCUGAAGGUGUUGCAGCACGUAGAGAAACAGCUGGCUCUUUUCCACCCGGCCAAGUCCCAGAGCCACGACUCCUGCAGUAUCUCAGAGCUCAGUUCUCUCCAUGAGGUGGAUACAGGGGGUUUCCGUCAGUCUUACCGCCAGAUACAGAAGAAUGCCCUGCCAGCCAUCCCUGACCACGACCGUGACCUGGAAGACAUCCCUGACCUCCAUCAUCCCUCGUCCUCCUCUCAGACCCGUCGCCCCACACGCUACCAGCACCGCCGCAACCGCAGCAUUGAGGAGGACCAUCAUCAUGAUAAUAACAGCAGGUGGAACCCUCGUUCAGAGCACCUGCAGCGUAAGGCCUUCCUCCUGGGUGGGAAGUCAGGCUCUCUGGAUGAGCUGGAGGAGUUUUCCCAGUGCUACAGACAGAGAGGCCCCAGGGAGGAGCGCACUGUCAGGGACAUCAGAGACACCGACCAGGAGUACGAGAGACUGGAGCUGCGGGAACGAGAAGGUGACCGGGAUAGGGAUCGAGAUCGGGAAUACUGUCCGCCUUCUUACCGGGACAAGACGACGAAACGUGAUUACCGUGACAACAGAGAUCGCGAUGACCGCGCAGAGACUUGGCAAGAACGAGAUCGCCAAGAGGAUUGCCAUGGAGAUCGUCAGGGAAACCGACAACGCAGUCCGCCACCCUCGCCCAAGAAGAGACGGGGCACAUGGGACAACGAGUUGGAGCAGCGCCCCCCUAAACCCCCCGCCCCUCCUCCCCCUCCUCGCCAGAGCCCCCGGGGACGGGACUACGAUGACGAACUCCUGAGCACUCUUUUGGAGCGCAAGACCAGACGGGGUGGGGCCAGUGACAGUGGAGGUGAUAGGGGCAAGGGAGGGGGGCGCGGCGAAGAGAACACGCCCUCAGACACGCCCUCUAAGGGUUCUAAAGGCUCUAAGAAGAGCAGCGGCAGUGGCGGCGAGCGUCACCAUAGCCGUUGUCCUAGCAACAGGGAGGUGGAGUUGGUAUUAGACUCACGGGGAGAAGACUCUCUACCCCCGUACUGCCAGACUGCGUUAGAGCGGUUCAGAGCCGCUGAGCGCCCCUCCCCCUCCCCUCGCCCCUCCACCCAUUCUUCCCGCCCCUCCAACGGAGGCUCCACCCAUAGCCACGCCCAUACCCUACAGCAGGAGAGCGGAGAGGAGCGGGAUAAGCCCCGGAAAGUGAGCACUCUUCUUAGCAGAGAUUCUCUCAUAGUUUGAUGCCUGGAGAGGACACAUACAGACACUGGGGAAGACACUGGGAAUCAUCCUCUACCCCCCCCCCCCAUCACCCCACACUGGGGAUCAUCCUCUACCCCCCCAUCACCCCACACUGGGGAGGAGAGAGGUUCUCAGAGCACACUGGGCAAGCAGAGAACCCCAUGGAGAGGUCAGUGACCAGCAGAAGGAAUGGCUACCUCUGACUGACAGGCAGUACAUCCACUGGACUGACCAUGGCACAGGACGUGGGACGGUCUGAUCAGGCUUCAGAUACACAUCAAUCACCAUGACCUAAGAAGAAGAGUAAUGUUCAGAGCUGUGACAAAGACCUCUGGAUGCACAGGACAAAUAGCACUGUGUGUGUGUGUAUUGGUGGAUGUGUGUAUUGGUGUGUGUGUGUGAGACGAAGUAUGGUGCUUAUUCCUGUCUGCUCUUUUGUGUGUCAGAGUGAAUAGUUUCUCCAUCUCCCUGUCUUCUCCAUUCUAUUCUCCUCUCUCACUAACAACACACACUGAAUGACGAUGUCAUUCCGGAGUUUCAGUCACUGCCACCUCUACACAGUGCACGCUCUCUCUGUGAAGUCGCAGAAUGAUGAUGUCACUCUGGAGUUUCUGCCACUGCCUGCACCACCACCAACACUGCCCAGUCACGGUGGAAGGCCGCCGUUGAGACAACGUUUGGAUUCUGUAGUGUGAAUGGUGUGGAUCCCCCGUACCAUUGUGUUUUUCAGAGCCAUUGUAAAGCACCUGUUGGCCUUGCUUGGCCUUGACUCUGUGGAUAGAGGACACAGUGUUUCUUAAUCAUUGUGUUUAAUGCAAUGAUACAAUGUGGGUUAUACCCAGUAAGUUUGGACUAGAGGGUACUACUAACAGAGCCGGGGAGAGAAACUGGAACUUUAGGGACGGCAGGUAGCCUAGCGGUUAAGAGCGAAAGGUCAGUGGUUCAAAUCCUCGAGCCGACUAGGUGAAAAGAAAUGUGUUGAUGUGCCCUUGAGCAAGGCACUUAACCCUAAUCGCUCCUGUAAGUCGCUCUGGAUAAGAGCGUCUGCUAAAUGACGUAAAUGUACUGGGUUGUGAUUAUGUGCCAUCUAUCCUUCGAAGACUAUAUUUGGUUUAUAAUAGUUUUAUACAUAGUUUAUCAACUCUGCCUGUCUCUGUGUUGAGUCAUGUUGUGAUUACAAUGCAGUAAAUGAUUGUGCAAGUGUAACUGAAAGCACUUGUGGGUAUGUCUGUGUGUGUUUAAGAUAACCAAGGUGUGUUUAGUUUUCUUAUCAUUGUUGUGUAAACCGCUAAACACACAACUUUAUCUCCACUCAUUAGCACACACACACACACACACACACACACAUAUACACACACACACUGACCUUCAUGCAAACAUACUGGCUGUCAACUUACCACAGCUCUUUCUCGCGCCUGCAAAACUUGUAGAAGGAUUCGUUACAAUUGUUCAUGUUUAGUGUUGUUUUUUUCCACUUCUUUCAGUGUAUUUAUUGUUCAUAGCUUUUGUGCUUUUCUAUGUUAUUUUCUUUCUAUGCUUGUUCUAUGUCAUCGUGUUCCUGUGUGUCAAUGAGAUGGUUGUUUCACAGCCCAGCUCCCUGUCUGUCAAUGAGACGUUGUUUCACUGAGUUGAAGUCAUAGGCGACAGGCAACAAUGGCUUUGUCUAUUUAUGAUCAUCACCAACUGACUGUUACUCUAAGAGAUCUGGUAAUCACACACACACACACACACACACACACACACACACACACACACACACAGUCUGAAAACAGACAGUAUCUUGGAAAGUGCAUGUUGGUGAACACUAAACGGCGGCAGGGUAGCCUAGUGGUUAGAGUGUUGGACUAGUAACUGAAAGGUUGCAAGUUCAAAUCCCCGAGCUGACAAGGUACAAAUCUGUCGUUCUGAACAGGCAGUUAACCCACUGUUCCUAGGCCGUCAUUGAAAAUAAGAAUUUGUUCUUAACUGACUUGCCUAGUUAAAUAAAGGUAAAAUAAAUAAACACUUAAGUUGUAUUUCUCCUUUAGGUUACCUUGUUAUAAUAACUUGUACCAUAACUGGGGCUUUUUGCAAUAACACUUACCAUCCGUUACGAACUAAUGCCUAAUGAACUAUUUAUUAUUUAACUCCAGAGACGCAGUUUAACCACAGCCUUUACCUCAAAUACUGUUGACCAGGCAGCUUCAAUCUCAUUCAAUAAAGUCUCAUUAAUCUACACAUCUUCUCCACUGUGUUGUGUUUUUAUGGUAGUAAAGUAUGCCUUAUAAAUCACUGUAGUAAAGUAUGUCUUAUAAAUCACUGUAGUAAAGUAUGCCUUAUAAAUCACUGUAGUAAAGUAUGUCUUAUAAAUCACUGUAGUAAAGUAUGUUUUGUAAAUCAUUGUAGUAAAGUAUGUCUUGUAAACUGUG